AUGGUUACGAAGUUUGGUUUACGGGGAGCUUGGGGCAUCAUCGGACAUAUCUAUCGGAGGGGUUCGCGGGGUGACUUCGCGUGUCUUAGUAAGCAAUAUUUUAUCGACACCAUCGGACGACUUCCGAAGACUACGCAAGUCCCUAUUGCUUCGUCCGCUCAUCGGUCGUCCUACAGCGCUCCUUCGCUUCGAAUUACUCAAUUGCCCGCGAUUGUACCAGAUCGAUUACCCACGCCCCGAUCCGUCGACCGUUCCUGCACCCCAGGGGGUCAUUCAAUCUACCUUAGGAAGCAUGUGUCGGUAACAAUGCGAGCGCUAUGGUCUCGCGCAACGGGAAGCCCAAUUACCUGCCGAUGUGUACAAUGUGCUCCCAGGACCCCGGCGAUUGCAAGGCGGUCUGGCGCGGUCAGCAUCAAAGGGCCAUGGGCGUUCGGGACCCCAACCUCGACCUUCCUAUACACCGCGAUAUUCGCUGCCGGAUUUGCCAUCGAUGGAAGCGCCAAGCAUAGGAGAAAUCAACAGUGGGAGAGAGCAUUUUCUUCUCUGCGCGAGAGUUCAGACGUGGAAGCUGACGAUGAGCUGGCGAGGCCAAUGGCCGAGGAGACCGUACAGCUGGAAGACCAUGGCGAUGCGCAUGUUGUCACAGGAGCGAACAUCACGUAUAUAAUGUGGGAUGAGCCUAAGAUUCUCGACGACCAAGAUGUUUUAGCUGGAUCGCAGAGUCUGUGCUUCGUUCCUGGUAAUACACCCAUACAUGAACUCUUUCCGGACCGAGUGGACUGGGACGACCUCUUUCAGGUCGCCGGAGAGGAGAUCACCCACGGGAUGCGGCAGCUAGAGUCGGAGUCGAACUACGUUACCGGGGCUCAUGACGAUCUGCUUUCGAUUGAUUGUACCUUCCCAUACGCGCGGCUGCCUCCCUGGCCCGCCAACACCGGUCAAGACCUACUACGGCAUAAUCUUCCACCCCAGUCACUAUGGGCGGCCGAUUCGAUCAGGAAGAAGGCUCUUAGAAGGAGGCAAACCUGGAAAAAACUUCUGAUACAAGAACUCUCCGUUGGCAUGUUUAUAUACUCACUGCUUGGGCCCGCGCGGCGGCUUUCGCUACCCGAAGACUAUCGAUCGCAAUUAGCUCCAAGCGUACGUGACGUUCUCGGCUUCGGCGACUUGGAGGUUUUCCGAAUGCGUGGAGAGAUGAGAGCUGCUAUAGACGGCAUAGAGUGUGCACCAGCAGGGCUCGAUGAAGACGACGUGGACGCCUUCAAGUUUCUCCUAGAUUCGAGGUUACCGUAUGCAAGGCCGCAAUACUUCCAAGACAGUGAUGGAGAAUUCUUUCGAAUCCGUGACCACCUGAACUCUGCUAUCAAAGAAAUAUUGACGGGAGAAGCACCACAGGACAAAACCCAGGUCGCAAUGGCUCUGGGGAAGAUUGCUCACAAUCUGCUGGUCUCCUCGGCCCCUCCCGAUGUGCAAACUUUCAAUAUUCUUAUCAGCGGACUUAGGCGGUGGUCGUUGCAUGGCCUUGUCGAUCAGCUAAUACUAGCUCUAGACAAGUGCAAGAUCCGUCCGAACGAAAUCACUUGCGCUGAAAUACUUGAGCAUUAUAUCGGCUCGAAUCGCCCGCAUGAUUUUGGCGACUUUGUCCAGAAGAUGCGAGGCAUCAGAAACGCCCUGAUGCUUGCGAGGCCGGAUAUCAUGAUCAAUGAGGUCGCACAAGAUCGGCUCAUCAGGGUUACCGGAGCCUUAAGGAACAAAAUAUACCAGAAAGUUUCUCCUACGCCGCUGGUCUUCAAUUCAAUCAUACGCGGAGUUUUGCAGUUCGCGGGUAUCGAACGUGCUUUGGAAAUCUACUACGAGAUGAAGACCGAGGGCUGGGGAUUGGAUGCUCCGGGCUUGACCCGGUUGCUGGCAGAUUGCAUCCCUCGUUCAGACUGGAACAGCGGGCAGUACAUUUGGGAAGAGAUAGAAAGCAUCAAGGCCGCGACAAAACCGUCAUCCAUGGCCGAAGCGUACUCCCACAUGCUGAGCCUCUGCACUGUCACUGGGAAUACUGCUGCUUUCAACCAUAUCUUGAGAGGUGUGACGAUAUGGAGCAGAGGCCUCCUGGAGCAGGGAUUCAAGGAGCCGGGUAUCACGACAAAAGAAAUCGUUGACGCCGCUAUCGAGCUCACACGCAGCGUUCAAAAGGAGACCAGUCCCACCGCGCCAGCAUGGUCGGCUGACAACCUGUUGAUCGCUAUGUCCGGUCCCGUGGAAGAGGAGGAACCACCUUCGGCGACAGAGCCAGCGGAACUGCUACAACCACUGGACGCUGGGAUGGCGGACACGCCAUCGUUGACGGAGCAUUUACCUCCUGAAACAACCGACCCAUGGUCUAUCUGGUUGGAGAGCGAGCUUGGGGGAAGGACAUUCUCCCUUGGGGCUCAAUCGCAAGAGGCCAGCAGCCCAGUAUCUGAAGGAUCUCAAUCAACCGAAGAGAUUGAAUCAAGUGCUGAAUCCCAAGUGGCCCACAGUGGAGUAUCCGAAGAGUCUCAAUCAUCGGAGGACAUGGUAUCAAUCAUUCGCAAAGUACUCCCACGAAACGUAAAAAGGGAAUCAAGUACUGAGUCGCAAGUGGCCCACAGUGGAGUAUCUGAAAAAUCUCAAUCAUCCGAGGAGAUGCUAUCCAAUAUUCGCAGAGUACUCUCAAGAAACGUGAAAAGGGAAUCAAUAUCUGAAAAAUCUCAAUCAUCGGAGGAGAUGGUAUCAAUCAUUCGCAGAGUACUGUCAAGAAACCUGAAAAGAGAAUCAAGUACUGAGUCGCAAGUGGCCCACAGUGGAGUAUCUGAAAAAUCUCAAUCAUCGGAGGAGACGCUAUCAAAUAUUCGCAGAAUACUCUCAAGAAACGUGAAAAAGAAUACGAUUCCGGACGAAACCAUCGCUUCAAAGUCGCAGCGACCUGCACAACGACCCGUACUUGCACAACGGCCUAUAGUCGCACAACGGCCUGUACUUAUCCAUCAGGGCGACCCUUGGGCUGCGGCACUGUGGCUGACCCAUGAAAUGGGAGACAGGGCCAACGAGCGGCCAUGGAAGAGAAGGCCACUGGUAAAGCGCGGAAAGAAGAAGAAGCAGACAUUUUCUGUCGGCUUUCUUCGGAAGUACGAGAAUUCCAUGUAA